GCGGCCGUGCGCCCGCGCCGCCGCCAUGCUGCCCGGCGUGGGGGUGUUCGGCACCGGGCUGACGGCGCGGGUGAUCGUGCCGCUGCUGCAGGCGGAGGGCUUCGCGGUGAAGGCGCUGUGGGGCCGCACGGCCGAGGAGGCGGAGGAGCUGGCCAAGGAGAUGAGCGUGCCCUUCCACACCAGCCGCAUCGACGAGGUGCUGCUGCACCAGGACGUUGACCUGGUGUGCGUCAACCUGCCGCCGCCGCUCACCCGUCAGGUGGCCGUGAAGACGCUGGGCAUUGGAAAAAAUGUCAUCUGUGACCGAACAGCGACUCCGCUGGAUGCCUUCAGGAUGAUGACUGCAGCUCAUUAUUACCCAAAACUCAUGAGCAUCAUGGGGAACGUACUGCGCUUCCUGCCCGCCUUUGUGAAGAUGAAGCAGCUGAUCCAGGAGGGCUACGUGGGGGAGCUGCUGGUGUGCGAGGUGCAGGUUCACAGCGGAAGCCUGCUGGGGAAGAAGUACAACUGGAGCUGUGACGACCUGAUGGGGGGCGGAGGUUUGCACUCGGUUGGCACCUACAUCAUUGAUCUGCUGACGUUCCUCACCAGCCAGAAGGCUGUGAAGGUGCACGGCUUGCUCAAGACCUUCGUGAAGCAGACGGACCACAUCAAGGGGAUACGGCAGAUCACCAGUGAUGACUUCUGUACGUUUCAGAUGGUUCUGGAAGGCGGCGUGUGCUGCACGGUGACGCUCAACUUCAACGUCCCAGGGGAGUUCAAACAAGACAUUAUCGUGGUGGGCUCGGCAGGACGGCUGAUCGUCAUCGGCACCGAUCUCUACGGACAGAGCAACAACUCUCCUCAGCGGGAGCUCCUGCUGAAGGACUCCACACCGGUCAGCAACUCCUUGCUUCCGGAGAAGGCCUUCAGUGACAUCCCUUCCCCGUACCUCCGAGGCACCAUUAAGAUGGUCCAAGCUGUCCGGCAGGCCUUUGAGGACCAGGACGACAGGAGGACCUGGGACGGGAGGCCUCUCACGAUGGCUGCCACUUUUGACGACUGUCUGUAUGCCCUGUGUGUGGUGGACACCAUUAAAAAGUCAAACCAGCUGGGGGAGUGGCAGAACAUUUCCAUCAUGACUGAGGAGCCAGAACUGAGCCCAGCGUAUUUAAUCAGUGAAGCCAUGCGGAAGAGCAGGAUGUCUCUGUACUGCUAGCUCCACUCAGCUUCUAGGAAAGAAUAGGAUCCAGACAGCUCUUAAAGGAAAUGGUAAUUCGGCCCUUUUGAAGGGCUUGAACAUCUUGCAAACAGCUGUGGGGAUAGGGGAGAAGGAAAUGUGGUGUUUGAAUCAACUAAAUCUGUUGGUGGCUAAAUACCAAAGUGGAAAGGUCCUUAGAAAUGCCCAAAAUGGAUAGGAAAGUUGAGAGCUGACUUACCUGUUUUAGUAACAGUAUUAUCUGGAUGAUUGGAAAUAUGUAUCAUGGACUCGUCUCCUGCUUGCAGGUGCUUUAGAUUAUCCAAUUGUGUUUACUGUGAAAGGUUGGGAAGAUCCUUUUAGAUUUUCCUUACCUACCAGAGGGCUGUGAAGGUACUGUCAUGUCAUCAAUUUUUCUGUAGUGUCUGACAUGAAUGGUUCCUACCAUGACAGCUGACACCACCAUGCUGUACUACUACACCUCCAACCAACACACAGAACAGUGGGACUUCGUGUGAGUGUUGCGUGACGCAGAAAAUUUUGGCAGCUCACUUUUCAUACAGCUUUUUAGGAGCUUCUAUGUGUUGGUUUGGUUAAUUGUUUGUCGUUUUCUUUUAAAGCACAAUUAUGUAGGAAGAUGUGUAGCUUUUACAAAAAAAGUAGCCCUCAACUGCAGUGCAUAUGCCCCAUUUAUUGUGGGAGGGAGGGUCUUCUGUGAGCUCAUGGUAAGCUUCAGUGUUUACUGUACAGAUUUGCUGAUUGAAAUGGGUUGUGAAAAACCUUGAUGAAUGGCAGGUGGCAUGAAAAAGUGCUGGUGGGUUUUAUUACACAGCUGAACUCGAGCUAGCCUCACAAAGGUUUGCACACAAUCUCCUGUGUGUGAGACUCACUUUUGAGUGAAUUCAUCUCGCAUUUUGGUUUUAGGUAGAUAACAAAGUGGUAGAAUCUAACCCUCUAACCCUCAAAGCCUGAGAUGCUUAGACAGCUCUUCUAAACUUUUGUGAAGUCACACUUGAGACAUCCACACCAACAAUUAAUUUCAUGUAGCUCAACCCCAAAGCUUUCAUCUCCACCAAAUGGUGCUCGUGAGUGAAAAAUAGAAAGGGAUGAGAAAACUUCCUGUCAUUUCCAGGGAAAAAAUUACUGUCACCUAUAAGAGGUGGGAAGAGGAAUCUCACCUCUUUACCUGCUUCAAGUGGCUAGCUGCUGGUACUGUAGUGAUCGUUCCCUGUCAUCAGUGCAGGGGUGGACAAACCUUCUUGAUAAGUUUGUACUGUCUUUUUUAAUAGUUUAGUUUGCAGUCUUGAAAGAAUAUAUUCUUUCAGUUCUUAAAAAAAUAUAGUGAAAGGCACAUGUAUUAUCCCAGUAAAUGGGCAUGCUGUUUUUCUGCAUCAAGCUGCUCCUGCGCUUAUGUGUUUACAGCACUAGGUUUUCAGAUAGGAGAAAAAAAAAGUAGAAAACGAGCAUAUAGCACUAAAUUAUAUUAAACUUGAUAAAAACUGUUUCAGGAUUCUUUAUCUUCAUUUUGACUAGGGGAAAGAGGAAGACAUUCGGGCAAACAGUAAAUAAGAAAAUAGGACCCUCUUUUAGAUUAGUGUUGCCAUUUGGGGUUAGAAAGAGUGCAAUCAGAAUAAUUCAGGUUUUUUUAAAAAGCACUUACAGUUUUGCUACUUUUGGGAGCACUAAGGGCUUCUGAAGAGCUCCUUCAAAUGAGUCCAUCUGAUUGCUGUAUGCUCCCGCCUGUCCUGUUCCCAGUUUUAGUGCUGCAUAAUUUUGAAUAGGAGAGCAUCAUUAAUGUGAUUCAUCUCCUCUGACACAAAAGCCAGCUAAAAGUCAGCUAUGUUGUCUCCAUCAGCUCUGCAAGGACAUGGUUGUCAGUACAGAGAGAACUCUCUGUGGGGUGAUGCAGUUCCUCCUCAGAUUAACAUAGAAGCAGUGCGUACUGGAAACUCCUCUUUUGUCUGUGCAGAAAAUCUUGACUUCUACAUUUUUAGGUCACUAAUAUUAGGAAACUUGAAUCCCACCCCAAAAUUACUAGUUGAUUUUUAAAGGGUAUGCAUGUGUGACCUUUCAUGAGGUAUUCCCCUAAGUGUCAGAGCGUGACUGAUGAUGGAGUAAUGUAAUACCACAAAAUUGCAGCCAAACAGAGAACUGUUCCUGUCGUAUUGUUCUGCCAGCUUUAGAGAUUGUGUCUGAGGCGGUCAGUUUUUGCAGAGGCCUCAGGCAAGCUUUCAUCGUUCCUUCUUGGAAGAAGCUUUUGACAAAUCUGAAUGUUUUUCCUACAGUGACCUAUCUUAGAAUUUCUGUAGUAGUGUCCUUGCCAACAGGAAUUUCCUAUUGCAAUUGUCAUGGUAUACCAUGAUGUACAGUUACAGCCCUUUAAAAUGCACAGAAAAGUACAGAAGACCAAAUUUGAUCAAGAAAUCAUCCCUCUCCUCUGAAAAAUUGAAUUAGCCUAAAAGGGAUCAAGAGAGAUUUUUACUAUAAUAAGGCAGAAGCCCUUUAUUGAAAAUACUGGCAAGUUCAAGUCAUGAAUGUAAGCACAGUAGAUAAGUAACCAUGUCUAGUUACAUAUCAUCCAAAACUGGAACUAAACAUGGACCAAAAUGUUUGUGAAUCUUAUUUCUUAGUGGUUUGUGCUGGAAUUGCUGCUCAUGUCUUUGCACCUUGUUUUGGUUCAUGAGUGUGGACAGCUUUUCCUAUCUGCAUUUUACUUUUUUCAUGCGUCGUUCUGGAUUUUAUGAUUCCAGUUGGAAGAAGAUACCCUGGAAUCCUAGACAACCCUCCCUGCAGUGAGCUGUCAGCAGGUGAAACACAAGGAACAGGGACAGGUCCUGACCUUAACCGUUCUAUCUUGGAUCCGGAGGUUUCAGUGUCAGUCAUCAUCCACGCUCUGUGCAGACUUAGCAAUGCAGAACUUGCUGCUUAGCAGAAAUAGAAUGUAAUGCUUUGGUUACAGAGCCACCUGACACUUGUGUUAGUCCUGUAUUGUUGGAUCCUGUACAGCUCACUGUGUGACCACAGCUCCUAGAGAGGCAGCCAGGGUGAGCAGGGGCAGGGGCAGAGGGGGCAUCCUUUUCUGACAGCAGCACAGAUCUUAGGCUCGACUGGGGUGAACUGUUACCUAACUGGGACAGCAGCAGUGACUGCAUACGUUCAGGAUUGUAUUACAGGUUUUCCAUUCUCUAGGAGGCGAAGAUGCUGUAGUUCCAAAUGUAAAGAUACUUAACUUCCACCUGGCUUAGAGGAGCCAGGAAUUGGUUUAUUUAUAGAACAUGUACUACAGUUCUAAAAAUAAAUGUUACUUUACAGUCUGGGAUCUUCCUUGGCAGUAUGAAGCCCUCUGCUCUUUUGGUACAGCUGAAAAGUACAUUGGGUUGCCCUAAGUAGCCUCUGUAGUUCCUGCUGGCUUUGGGAAUUUGGGCAGCAGUUAGAAGAGAUGUACUUGAUUGAACUCAAAAGCGGUACCACACCAGGGAACAUACAUUUGGAAUUGCACUUUUAAUGCUGUUCUUUAAUGCUGUGCCACAACGUGUGAGACGAACGCUGCUAGAAUUGGUGCAGGCCUAAUGGCCAAACUGAGGCUGCUGCUGGAAUUUACAGUGGCCCCCAAAUGGGCUGAUUCAUACGCUAGAUGACAAAUGUUAAUUCCUUUUUCCCAGAGCUGUUGUUGAGAGGCUCUUUCUGUUGCCAUCUACCUGUGCACAAAGGAUACUGAACAUUAUGGUCUGUUGCCAAAGACGAAAAGAGCCAAAGGGGGCAUCCAGGGUGAAGUGCUCUUAUGCUUUGUAGGAGCCUCUUCCAGUGCUGGGAUGGUCAGCUGAAAGAUGAUGCUUUGUUUUCAAUGGGAAUCAGAUUGGGCUCCACACCAGGGGUAGUAGAGUAACCCUUCCCCGUGUCCCUGUGCUCCUGCUAGAUGCGUGCACAGCCUCAGCGCUGACCUCAGUGAAGUCCUGCAUGGAGAUGUAAGACCUCUGCAAGAGCUUUGGGUUUUCCUAUAUCUAAUACUGUGCAUGUGUUAAAUUAGUAGUACUUUAGCUGUGUAGAUAAAAAAUACUGAGUAGAGAUGGUAUGUCCUUACCCAUGCAACCAACAAGGCAGAGAAUCAGGGCUUGCAUAGACAAGUUUAGGCUCAGGAUGGACUUUUGCAGAGUUCAUCGUUAGCAUUGGCUGAAAGCAUGAGAAAUUCCUGCCCAGCCAGCACGGGGCAAUCAGAGGCACUCUCCACUUUGUACUUCGUGUUUCCUUCUUUUCAGUAGCUUUUGAAUCACGAUGAGCAGCUGUUCUGGGAGUUCAGCCAUUCAAAGAAGGCUUUCCUGCUGUGUGCGAUCACAGCACAAAGACAAUUCAGUUUCUGUUACCUUGUUUAUUUCUGUGUGCAUACAAAAGUGGAAAAGACCCAGACAAAAAUUGAACGAUUCUCUACCCCCCAAAAAAAAAACAAACAAAAAAAAAGCUGAUUUUAUUUCAUGGGUAAAGAUAAAUGUAGUAGUUUGAUGGUGUCCUUGCAGAGAUUCAGAAAUUACUGAUGGCAAUUUCUUGUUUUUGGGAAUGUUUAAAUUUGACUUUGUUCUCUUUCCUUCAGUAUAAAGUAUCACAAAUUGCGAAGUCUCUUCACUGUUGUGUAUUUGCAAAGGUCUGAGUGCACCCAGCAGAUGUUUGGCUUUGUGCAGAUACUUCACACGUUGGCUUGGUGGUCCAGUGGCCCAGUGAUGUAGCCUUAAGUACAUAGGAAACACUGGGCCGUUUGACCCCUGCAGCCCUCUCUGGGUAUUUAGGACUGGCUGUGAAAUGGCAGGACUGUUCAGGAUAGCAGCUUCUUGUUACUGAAGUUGUUACUUGUGGGGAGCAAAGCUUGUAAGUUUUAGAGGUGACGUAUGACUGAAUAAUCAUUGGCAGUUGUAUCUGCUUUAAAAUUUCCACUCUCUUGAGCUGCUGGAUGGAGUAUGUCCAGUAAAAACAACUUCCCCUUCACAAUAACUGCCCACUCCCAUUUGCUCAUGAAAAGAAGAAAUUUUCAGUAGACAGGACUAUACAUAAUCUGCGUUCAUGAACCAGUGUCAUAACCUCAGGACUUAACUGAGUGUAUGAAGCCAGAGCCCAGGCAAGUAAUGGCUUUUUCAAAGCUGCCAAAUCAAAGCAGUGGGGUUGGAGAGUGAUGGGUAUCAGCGUGGGUCAAACUGAAAUAGCUUUUAUUCAGCAUUUUCUGUGAAAUGAACAAACAAAAUAGCUGUGGUCAGUCCAAAACUGAACACAACACAUGCAGAAGGUCAUUUUUUUCUCUUCUUUUUUUUUUUUUAAUUUUGCUUUUGGGUUUAAGUUCCAUUUCUAAAGAGUGCUGUUUUGAAAUGAAGUUUUUAAAAAAUCCCUUCUAUUAUGUUUUGUGAAGUUAACAGUUUGGAGUUGUGUUUUUUUCUUGUUUUAGGUUCACACUUUAAAAAGUCCCCAUGCCUGUUUGGUGGAUACCACUGCCUUUGGGCAGGUCCAGCUCUGAACUGCACCCUUGCAGUGUCAUGCAGUGACCCCCUUCCAGCAUUUGAAUUUGGCCACGUGCAUCUUCUUGUGGCAAAGGGAAAAUCGGUUCAUUGCACGGUGUUGGCUGUAGAUAAUCAAAAUACUGUUUGCAGCAGUGCCAGCCAUCGUCUCUAAAAGCACUUAAAGCUACUGACGUGUUUACUGUGGUUACUUAUGACCUUGCAGCCAUCCAUUACUCUCUUUUCUUUUUACACCAUCCGUCAGACUCGCUUACCUCCCCUCCUUUCAUUCCGUUGCGAGUCAAGAGGCGGGUCUCCCCAUUUCCCCCUGAGUUUGCUCCCAGCCUGUGUUACACGUGGCAUACAGGGUGGCUAAUGUAUGACUUGAAGUAACUUUGGAGACAAAUCCAUUAAAGAAGGUGUUAACAACACAACCACUCCAAUACAUGGCAUACGUGAUGCCCCCGCUAGGGCAGGAAUCCAAGCUCCCUGCUGUGCCGUGCUUCACAAAUGACACUCACUGUUUCUCUCUGUACUGGUUUUAUUUGAUUUUGAAAAUGAGAAUAUGUUCAGUUUGUUGCUGUGUCAAUAUUAAGUAUAUAUUUAUUGUUUUUCAGACAUACAUACAUAUAUAUAAAUGCUAUAUAUAUAUAUAAAAUGUCAACGCAUGGACAUAUGUACAGUAGAUAUUUUAAAGAGCUAUUUAUCAAGAAAAGUAAGUGUUAUAAGUAAACAGAGUUUAUAUUUUAUAUAUUAUGUAGAUAGCAAAAAAAAAAAAAAAAGCAACAAAAAAAGUGUUUAAAUUAUAGUAGGACUUUUUGGGGUGGGGGGUGGGGAUGGAGGGACGGUGAGGGCCGGUUCCAGCAUUUAAAACAGCCAAACUACUUUGUACGGAAGCUGCCUGCUGUGCCUCUCGGCUGCAAUAUCUGUUUGUUUCUUCUUCUGGAAGAUGAUGUGCAUUGUUACUUUUACAUUGCUUGGGGAAUGUAGUUAGUUUAUUCUCGGCCAACUGGUAUGUGCUGCUUAAAUCAUGGUUUCCUGUUGUUCUGCAUAUUUGCAUCGAUGGAAUAAAAGGAUCUUAACUGGCAAAUAAAGACAUAAAAGGAUGUGA